AUGGUAGGCGGACCCAGGCAUGUCUUCUUUGUGGCAACUGGGGCGUUUUCACGCAUCUCUGCUGAAGAUCCUCCAGCAGAUGCUCUGCCAUUAUGUGAAAGUGGCAUGCUCGGUUGCCUGCAGAACCCAGAAACAAACCAGAUGCUCUUAAAAUGCUCUGGUUUAUUUUUGCAAGAUUUUGGAAGGGCCUCCUGUAUUGAAGGAACUUGCACAUGGCUAUUGUCUCGUGGCCAACCCAUUGCGUUUUUGGUCCAAGAGAAUGGCAGGCAUGGAAGUGGGGGAAUGAUCUUGCGGAAAUGA